CGUUUUCUCGAUGGUUCAUUGGAAGCUGGGAUCAUUCCUGUCUGGUCUCUCCUAUGCAAACGAGUCGUUUAUCUAAAAUACAGUUUCUUAAACGAGAUUACGCAUCUUUACAUCGACAAACAUCAAGGUUUAAGGUGUUGGACGGGGAUUUGUAUUUAUUUAUUCAAUGGCUCGCCAACGUGCUUCUUUUGCCUGGAGGAGGUAUGUCGCAGUUUUUCUCUCUCUUUCUUCCAUCAUGGACACGGCGACCGCGGUCACUCAUUAUGCCAUUCCGGAGGAAAUGGAUGAGGGCUCCGUUGUUGCGAAUUUAGCGACUGAUUUAGGAUUAGAUGUGAGGAGUCUGAGCAGAAGAAACAUGCGGGUCGACGUGGUGGGCAACAAGAAGUACCUUGAUAUUAACAAAGACACCGGGGAGCUUUUUAUUUUGGAAAGGAUUGACAGGGAGUUUCUUUGUGCUCUUAAGACAGCCACCUCCUGCUUCCUGAAAUUAGACGCUACAAUUGAAAACCCGGUGCGCAUGUUUAACAUCGAGGUGGAAAUAACAGACAUUAAUGACAACGCUCCUCAUUUUAGAAGAGGAACGAUGCAUUUGGACAUCUCUGAGUCGAGCCCCGUCGGGGAGAGAUUCUCCCUGAAUAACGCUGCCGACCCGGAUGUUGGAGCGAAUUCGGUGAAAAAUUACCACCUGAGCGCCAGCGAUCAUUUCGCUAUAGAAAUUCAGACGGGGAGAGACGGGACGAAGUUUGCCGACUUGGUUCUGAAAACAGCUCUGGACAGAGAACAGCAGGCGGUUCAUAAUCUGAUUCUGACUGCUGUGGACGGCGGGGUGCCCACGCGCACAGGUACGGCCAGCAUCAUCGUUCGCGUGCUCGACGUGAACGACAACGCCCCUUCCUUUGACAAAGACAAGUAUGUUGUGGAUGUGAUGGAGAACUCUCCCAUCGGCAGCUUAGUGAUCAAACUGAAUGCUACCGAUUUAGAUGAAGGCUCCAAUUCUGACAUUGUUUAUUCAUACAGCUUAUACACGUCUGAGAGAACGCAGGAGAUGUUUAAGCUGAAUCCAGAAAAUGGAGAAAUCAGAGUGAAGGAAAUGAUCAAUUAUGAAGAUUUUAAACUUUAUGAGAUGGAGAUCAUAGCCAGUGACAAGGGGCCUAACUCCUUAUCUGGACAGUGUAGAGUGACAAUCCAGGUGACUGACAUGAAUGAUAACCACCCUGAAAUUUCCAUUAAAUCAUUUCAGAGUCCAGUAAAAGAGAAUGUGGCCACAGACACAGUGAUCGCUGUAGUUAGUGUAAAUGAUAAAGACUCAGGUGAUAAUGGAGUGGUUGAUCUUCAUAUUCCAGAGAACAUGCCUUUCAAACUGAGGGAGUCCUCUGAUAAUUAUUAUGAGUUAGUGGUGUCAGAGCCUUUAGACAGAGAGAAGGUCCCAGAAUAUGAAAUCACUUUCACUGUCACAGACAGAGGCUCUCCUCCUUUAUCAGACAAUGAAACUAUGACUUUGGAGCUGCUGGAUGUUAAUGACAAUGUUCCACAGUUCCCCCAGUCAUUUUAUACUAUACGUGUCCUGGAGAAUAACGCACCGGGGGCCUUGCUCAGCUCGCUCUCUGCAUUUGACCCUGACCUCCAUGAAAACCAGUAUCUAGUUUAUUUCAUCAUAGAGAAGGAGAUCGCCAACACCUCCAUGUCCAUGCUGUUCUCCAUCAAUCCAGAGAACGGGAAUCUUUACGCUCUAAAAACCUUUGACUAUGAGAUUGAGAGGGAGUUUCUUUUCCACAUUGAGGCCAGAGACUCUGGUUCUCCUCCUCUCAGCAGCAACGUGACCGUCCACAUCAUUAUUGUGGACCAGAAUGACAACGCUCCAGUUAUCGUCUCUCCGUGGCGCGCUCACGGCUCAGUGGUGGAGGAGAAGAUCCCCAGAUCCACUGAUAAAGGCUCCCUGGUGGCUAAAGUGAUCGCCUUAGACACGGACUCUGUGCACAACUCUCGGAUUACCUACCAGUUUCUGCAGGUGACUGAUGCUUCCUUGUUCAGCCUGGACCAAUACAACGGAGAGAUCCGCACCAUGAGGAUGUUCAGCUACAAAGACUCACGCCACCACAGACUGGUUGUUGUUGCCAAGGACAACGGGGAGCCUGCUCUCUCUGCUACAGUCACCAUCAAGCUGCUGACAGUGGAGACUGAUGUUAAGGCCCACUCUGACAUGACCGAGAUGCCUCUGGAGUACGACAUCUUUGCAGACAUAAACCUGUAUCUGGUCAUCGGUCUGGGCUCGGUGUCGUUUCUCCUGCUCAUCACCAUACUGGUCACCAUCGUGCUGAAGUGUCAGACACCCAAGGCCAGCAAAGCUGCUCCUCCCAGCAGGAACAGUGUGAUCAGUGAGAGGAACUCCACCAUCGCAGACUCCACCCUGGUCUCCAACGAUGCCUACUGGUACAGUCUGUUUCUAGCAGAGACCAGGAAAGGAAAGCUGGUGGUCAGACAGCCUGUGCCAAAGGGCUCCAGAUACAUCGUGUCCAGCAUCCCCAGAGGGACAGGGCUGUCAGAGACUAGUGACUCAGCAGCUUCUACUCUGCAGUAUCUAUUCGCCGUGAACUAUGUAGCAUUGUCUGAUCUGAUUCACUUUACCUGUAUGGAGCUGUAUCGGCUAAGAAGAUUUCAGUUGCUUACACUGUAUCGCGAUUGCUUUUGAGAAAAUAUACAAUUACUGCAAUGGAAAAAGCAUUGGUAAACAAUAAUGCAUUUGUCUGUCCGUGUCUUGAUUCUGGAUAUGUUGGCUCCGCUAAAUCUUU